GUGAAGGGUACUCUACUCCUAUCUUCUAUCACUAUCUUCUAGUCAUCAUCUUCAACAUAUGAAAAUUCUACCUCUACGAAGUUGUAAUAUUUGCUUCGGCUUUAUUUGCUGUAGUUUGUGUUUGUUCUCACGAUUGACUUCUCAUUACCCAACAGGUUUUUCGAGUUCAUAAAGAUUCAUAAGUCUUUACCUCGCUAUUCCACAAAAGUAGUCUAUCCCACCUCGUUAUUGUUCCCUCCCGACUACGUAUUCCCCAAGUUAGUACUAACAGCCGGCAAUAACUCGUAUCAGCCUUCAACAUAAUGAUAAUUUGCUUAUCAUUUUUUCGUUCCGCUUUUAAAACUUGAAGCAUAGGCUUAAAAAAUGGCGGCCUUUACCAAUGACGAGCUAUACCAGUGGUAUACUAGCUAUACCAGCGAUAUCAAGCAUGAGGUGAGCGACAUGGUGGAAGACUACAGUACGACGGCAUCGAGCGGCGAAGAGCAAGAGGAGAGCCAGCCCCGCAAGAAGUUCCCACCCCCGCAGGUGUUCAGCCAGGAGUGGACGAGGCGGCGCCGCUGGUGGAGAUUUUUGACAUCACGGAGGGCGGUGAGAAGGAGGACGCGGACGGACCAGCGGCGCCGCCGGCUUGGGCCUGGCCUGGGGACUUGUUCAUGGCUUUCUUGA